AUGUGCCAAUAUCACAUGUUCAUCAUGUUCCCCAUCAGCGACAGGUCGUGCGGCCACAUGCUCAACCUGUCCAACGUUCCCAUGGAGGAGCGCCUCAGAUACCUAUCGCGCCCGGCGCUGCGCAGCGUCGAGUGCAGCGUGCACCGGCAGAAGCGGCGGGGAUCGCACGCGCACGACCGGCCGACCGCGGAGCAGGCGUACUCGCACCCGACGUGGUCGCCAGAAAACGCCCUCGGCAUAGAGACUCACGAGGACUUCAUCACAGACGACACCCACAUCAGGCCCAGACGGCAGCGGCGGGGUCGGGAGAGGUCGCCGAGCACGGCGUCGGUCUGCACGACGAUCGAGUGGACGGGCACGCUGGCCCCGCGGUGGAUCCGGCGGGAUGGUGACGGCGACUGCCCGGACUGCGUGCGGAACGAGAGGGAGCUGGAGCAGGCCGAUGGCGAGUGGGACGACGCGAUGGCGGAUCUGGCGCCCGGCGGGACGAUGCCGAUCCGGGCGUGGGAGCGCAAGGCCCUGACGGCGAUUCGGGACGAGUACGUGGCGGCUGGUGGCGGGUCGAGGUGGAAUCUGGUCAGGAACGGGAGGGUAAAGGGGCUGAUCAGGUGGCAGAGGACUCUGGUCGACAAGUGGCUCGUGAACUUGAAAGGCACGAGGGCUAAGGGGGACCCUGCGGGAGCGGUUGAGGAGGGGGAGAUUGCUGGGGGUGAUGGAGACCAAGAUGAAGAGGAGGAGGAGGAGGAGGAGGAGGACGUGGUGGGCGAUUGGCACGACGGUGAUGGCUACGAUGAGGGUGGCAAAGAGGACAAGGUUGGAGAUGUGCAAGAGAACUACAGUUACUCUCCCCUGUGGGAGUAA